CGGAUCACCGUGCCCUACGCCUGGGAGACAGCAGUCUGCUAUAUGCGCCAUCACCGCCCGCCCCAUUGCUGUUCCAUCGACUAUUCUUAGGGACCGACUGUAUGAUUAAGAUACAAUCUUCAAUGAGUAAGCAUAGCCCUUUCUGUGGUGUUUUUGGUCACACAUUUAUGGAGUUUCUGAAGGGCAGUGGAGACUACUGCCAGGCACAGCAUGAGCUCUAUGCUGACAAGUGAACUCUAGAAGAAAUUCAUUACUACUCCAUCAAGAAACCCCCCUAAGAGCAGUCAGCCUGUACAAGAAGUGUUGGAUUAAAACUGAAUUUGACAGAGCACUUUGAUUAAGGGGCUGAAAUCUGGAUGGGGUAAAUCUCGGUGCACUGCAUUUCUUUUGCCUCAGUAUUACUGAUUUGAAGAUUUGCUGCUUCUCAUAAGGAGGUCCAUUUCGCUUCCAUCCAAGCAAGCACUGGGAAUCUUCACGUAGAGUGAAGUUUUCAGUUACAAGCAUAAUUUCUUUUGAUUAACUUUUUGUUGCCCCCAAACAAUUUUUUUUUUUUUUUUUUUUUUUUUUUACGUGCUCAUUUAAUACAAGUUAAAAUGGCCAGAAUGAACCGCCCAGCUCCAGUGGAGAUAACCUACAAGAACAUGAGAUUCCUUAUAACACACAACCCAACCAAUGCAACUCUAAACAAGUUUAUAGAGGAGCUUAAGAAAUUUGGCGUUACAACCUUAGUAAGAGUGUGUGAAGCCACUUAUGACACUGCUCUGGUUGAAAAGGAAGGAAUUCAAGUUUUGGAUUGGCCAUUUGAUGAUGGUGCACCUCCAUCCAACCAAAUAGUAGAUGAUUGGUUAAACCUUCUGAAAGUGAAAUUCCGUGAAGAGCCUGGUUGCUGUAUAACAGUUCAUUGUGUUGCUGGCCUUGGCAGAGCUCCAGUUCUUGUUGCUCUUGCACUCAUUGAAAGUGGAAUGAAGUAUGAAGAUGCAGUGCAGUUUAUAAGGCAGAAAAGACGCGGAGCCUUCAACAGUAAGCAGCUGCUUUACUUGGAGAAAUAUCGUCCCAAGAUGCGUUUACGUUUUAAAGAAUCCAACGGACACCGAAAUAACUGUUGCAUUCAGUGAAUUAGCAUUCCAGAAUACACUUCGGGGAAACAAAAAUGAAGACCUGUGCCGAUUUUGUGCUUCUAGUCCAUAUUUAUAGGUCAAGUGAAGCUUACUUAGUAUGAACAUGAGUAGGUCACAAUCCUAGUGGUACUGCGACUGCUGUUACUACAUAGAAUAAAAUUCCCGUAAUUGAGCUUAAUGCAUUUGCUUGUCUGUGUCCCUCCUUGUUACAAUCAUGCAAUGUUUAUGAUUUUUUUUUUUUUUUUAAAUCUCUGCAUUUUUUUCAAACUUUGCAAAUGCCAACAUUUUUAAUGUGUAGUUUUCCACAUCCUUCCUAACAGUUUUAAUAAUUCAAACUGCCACAAAUUAACAUGGGCAUUUGGUUCAUGAUUGGCUGGCUGCUCACUGUAUGUUUACAUCUUCUCCCACAUCAGUGGCGUAACUUGAUGUUGCUGGGCCCCACAGCAAAUUAAUUUUAGGGCCCCCAACAUAUCCAGUGUUUGUCCUGUUUUACUAAUAUAUGUUCAAAUUGCUCAUCAAUGAGAGCCUCAUGGGGCCCCCUGUACCUCCUGGGCCCCCCUGCAGCCGCAGGGUCUGCUUCCUCUGUAGUUACGCCCCUGCCCACAGUUUUUGUAAUAUCAAGAUUUGCUCAGCAAUGUUUUGCCCCACCUUUGUUUUCUGCUUCUUUUCGUGGAUUGCCAACCUAUGACUUGGUAGCCCUAAUACUAACCACCCUGGUUUAAUAUUUAAGCACACCAGUUAUCCUGUACAAGUUUUCGGACAAAGCCUUACAGUUUGAUGUUUGUACCCGUUAUAUGGAGGGCCUAAUAUGUGCUAUAUCCCCGUGCCCUAAUAGUCAAAUGUUGCCUUUGUCUUGUGCAGGAAGUAUAGAAUAUAACUGUUGUGUUUUUUUUUUUUUUGGUAAAUAUUUUUAAAAUGUAAAUUCUUAUCAUACAGUUUUUGAACGUAUCAUUUAUUUUAUUAUGAUACAUUUGGAGAAUUGCUGUUCAACAAUUGCUCUGUAAUUCCUUGAUUUCCCUUCCUAAAGUUCUGCUACUUCCAAGGCAGAGCUCAGUCUGUAUUUUGUAUGCUUUUUGAGCUGUGUAAGUUGAUAUUUGGACACUUGAUUUGUUUUAUUAUGUAAUUGAUAAAAAUGGUGGACUGUAUUGUUAGCGCAACCAUAUAUUUAUACUGUCUUGGAAAUGUGUGAUGUUAGUUCUGUGGGAGAAUAAGUUACCAGUGUUCACCAGCUUGUAAAUCUAUAGUAUGAGAGCUUAAACAUCAAAAUAAAGAGGGAAAAUAAAUGGCUAUUAUUGUAUGCAUUUGGAGUUGUACAUUCCUAUACCAUCCCUUGUUUAGCACCAUUUUACAAUGUUAAUUCUCCUAACAAAUCUUCAUUAAAAGAUACCUCACCCACAGCUUUGUAAGCCCACCACCUUUGUAAUGCAGUCUUACUGAUUUCUAGUACAGUAGUUUGGUUACUGAUUAUUUUUAUGGGGUCUAGACUACCAAGUUAUGGGGCCAAACCUCCAUUGAGAUUUGACACUGGGUAUUGACUACAGACUAAACACCGUUUAGCAUUUAUUGCUGUAGAUGUUGCUAGCAAUAUAAAAUAAUUGCAUAUAGAAUUGGAUGUUACCAUUUCUGUCUGUCACCCCUGGCCACAGCCAGGAUCAAGAAUGGUAGCUACAGGCUUAAAGGGGUUGUCUGUGCUUUGUACAGCUGUGUCCGAUAGUAUACCAGAAAUAAAGUGUUUGGUUUUUUACA